CAGGCUACAGAGGCAGAAGAAGCGGAGAGAAGGACGGACGGACGGAGGAGUAGUUUCCAUCGGACACGGAGCCCAGCAGGAGCCACGCCCCGCCGGGAUCAGGGCGCACCGUGACCCUCAAAGUGCCCAAACUCUCAUGAGGGCAGCUGCACUUCGGUUACAGGUGAAGAGAUGAAGUUCGGAAAGAGCAUCUGCGUACUUAACGUCGGGGGAACCCGGUACGCCUUCACCCGGGAGGUGAUCCGGGAUUUCCCUCUCCGGCGCGUCAGCCGCCUGCAUGCCUGCGCAACCGAGAAAGAAGUGCUGGAACUGUGCGACGACUACGACCGGGACCGAAACGAGUUCUUCUUCGACCGCCACGCGCAAGCUUUCGUGUUCAUCAUGCUGUACGUGCGCUCCGGUAAACUCCGCUUCGUGCCCGGCGUGUGCGAGCUCUCCUUCUACACGGAGAUGCUCUACUGGGGGCUGGAGAGCGCGCACCUGGACUCCUGCUGCCAGAAGCGCCUGGACGACAGGAUGUCCGAAAUCGGACUGGAUAGUCUGUCGGAAGUGGACAUCGGACUGUCGGAGAAGGAGUCGCCGAGUCCCGAGGAACCGGUGCAACAGACCGCGCUCACCGGCCGCGCGAGGUGGCUGGAGAGGAUGCGUAAGACCUUCGAGGAGCCCAGCUCGUCUCUGGCGGCGCAGCUUCUAGCCUCUGUGUCCGUGAUCUUCGUGAUCGUGUCGAUGAUUAUGCUGUGUGCGAGCACCCUGCCGGACUGGGAUACUGCCAAGAGAACUACUGUGGAGGAGCACAGGAUCGUGGAAGCUGUUUGCAUCGGCUGGUUUACAGCAGAAUGCAUUGUGCGUUUUCUGGUGGCCAGAGACAAGUGGGACUUCCUUCGCCGGCCACUGAAUAUUAUUGAUGUGAUCGCCAUCACCCCUUACUAUGUCACCAUGGCGAUGGCCCGUGCCGGGAUGCCAGGUGCGGGUCUCGGGGUUGCUGGAGUGAUAUUGCGAGUGCUGCGGAUGAUGCGCGUGUUCUGGCUCAUGAAGCUGGCCAGACAUUUCCUGGGACUGCAGACACUGGGGCUAACGCUCAAACGCUGUUACCGGGAGAUGGUCAUGCUGAUGGUGUUUGUUUGUGUCGCUAUGGCAAUAUACAGUGCUCUCGCCCAGCUGCUGGAGCACGGGUUGGACUUGGGUACGCAGAACCAUGAUUACGCCAGCAUUCCAGCUGCGGCCUGGUGGGUCAUCAUCUCCAUGACGACGGUGGGGUAUGGAGAUGUGUAUCCUGUGACAGUAGGGGGACGCGUGCUGGGCGGGAUGUGUGUCGUGAGCGGCAUCGUUCUUCUGGCGCUACCCAUCACAUUCAUCUACCACAGUUUUGUACAGUGUUACCAUGAACUCAAACUGCGUUCUGCCAGAUAUGCACGCAACCUGUCCGCUGAACUACUGCAAUGAAAAGACAAUUACGCAAAACACACCGUGGACCAACACGUGGACAAACUGAUUUCCUUUUGCCCUUUUCUGAUUUCUACUCCACC